AUGCCAUGUGAGGUCACAGAGGCAGAGGAGAUGAAGAGCGAGAAGGCCGUGGGGAGAUGGCCGUGGAGGUUGGAGCGAUGCGUAGACCUCCCGGGGAGCACGGGGACCACCAGCCAGCGGAAACCGGAAGGACCGGGCCGCUCUCCCCUGGAGGCGUUGGUGGCGACGUGGCCCAGCCAGUGCCUCGACUUUGGAUCCCGCGCCUCCAGUCUCGGUCAAGAGGUUCAGUUCGUACCACCCAAGGACUUACACCGAGUCCUGGGCGUGGAUCACAGGUUCCUGGGUGUUUCCCGACUUCUCCGGGCCCUGCAGCGGGUGGCCACAGCGCUGACACCGCCUCGGGCUGGAAAGCGGGUUGGGGACCUCUCACUCUCCAGCAAGGAGAACCGUGCCCUGGGCCAGCCUGGGAAGGCCCAGCCGACUCUGCCCCCCAGGCUCCUGCCGGCUUCCUCUCUGUGUGGCCUCCUGGACCGGUGGGUCGGGGUGGCCCUGUGGAGCCUCCGCGGAGCCUCUCCCGUCUUCCCGGGUGUCCUCUCCGGGGGCUGCGUCCCCACCUGGCCUGGCGGGCCUCCUGCUGCUGCGACACAAGCAGCUGAGCUGUGA